GUUCAGUCGGGGGAUACUUUAACUUUACAGUCUGAAAAUAUGUAACAUACCAGUUACUAGUCAUUUGACCCACCUUCUUAGAUUGAAGUGCUGAUACCGAAAGUGAACUGACGUGGAAAAUCUUACUGUGUAAAGUAGCUACUUUAGAUAAAAUGUGGCUGCUUCUGUUUAUUCCUGCAGCUAGAAUGACUGAUUGCCAGCUUUCCUAAAGAAACCAUGACUUCAAAGGAACUGGUGAUCGCAAAGUAGCAGGUUCAGACUAAGUGCCCUGGGUCCAGCUUGUGUCCCGUAGUUAGCUGAACUUGAACUUUAACUGCAGUAAACCCAUAACUUUCACAUGACCCACGGAAACCACAAAAGAAUCUACACCAGGCAGCUUGUAGGCAGCACACUUUGAAAUCAGGAAGUAGUACAUGUGGGGCAAAAUAAACUCUUCUAGGUGACAUUCAAGCAGGACACAAAUGCAUUUAUAAAGAGAGUUUGGAAAGACUGGUUGUAUGAAGUGCUAAAUAAUACAGGACAGGAUACUAAAAUGUUAGUUGUAUCUUUACCAUUAAUUAUUUUGUAUUAUUUAGUUGUCUUGCUUGAUCAAGAGCAAGCAGACUUUCAAUGAGAUUUAAAACAUGAGAAAUUCCAAAUACAAAAAGUAGCUUUUCAAUGCUUAAUUAAGUUAUGGAAAUAUUAUGUUCCGUGCUAAUACAAAAUACAUCAAUUUUUGAAGGAUUUUUAUUAUUGGACAUUUGUGUAAAAAUAUUCUGAAUUCUGUGUUUAAUGAUUGGCUGAACCCUGUUAAUCUUUAAAUAAAGCUCUGAACCUUAAAAAUCAAGGUGAGACCUAUUAGGUACAAACCUUCUGGAACACUGUCUGACAGAACAGUAGGAUUCUGUGGAUUUGGGUUGAGAUCUAUAUGACAACCAGUGGAAAAGUGAAUGAAAAAAACAACUUACAGGAUGAAAAUAAAAAGAUAACUGAACAGUUCCAGCAAUUACAGAAGGAGCUGGAGGAGCAAAAGCAACAAGCAGUGGAAUUAGAAGAAGGAGUCAUUCCAGAUUCUCCAGUUCUGACCUCUUCAUUUUCUGUGGUUAAUCGUAUGAGGAGAAAAAAAGAGAAUAGGCAUAUCCGAUACACAGAACAUGCACACUCAGAUUUGGAACUUAGCAACAGUGAGUUUGGAAAAAUUCCACUCUUUUCCACACAAGUGAGCAGUAACCACAGAGAAGAGAUACUAGUGGCAGACACCUGUGAUCCACAACUGUCCCCUGUACCAAAUAAACCAAGAGUAGGAGGCUAUCCCAUUCCAAAACCAUCUUUUAACUUGGCUGCAGUUGUCGCAGAAACUAUUGGACUUGGUGUUCAAGAGGAAUCUGAGUCCCAGAGUGUACUGAAUCUUCCCCACACUAAUACAGUUAUGAACCAGGCCCCAGAGAGCAUGCAGACUGAAGACUCAAGAAAGCAUCCAGCUUCUGAAUCAAGAAAUGAUGACAGCAAUUUAGGUAUUUCAGAUCCAUCUCAGAACACUCCACCACAUGUUGACUGGGAUUCUCAGGUAGCUUCUCCUGUUUUUGGAGCUUCUAGCAGUAUGAAGAACGACUCAAGUAUAGGUCAUGCUCCUUGUAUUUUAGAUUCAGGAUUGAAGACUAAUCUCAAAACCAACCUCUUCAACAAUCCAUCCAGUUCCAGAUCUCAUAAAAGUAAAUCAAAAUCCGAAGAUGUUGCUUUUGUUGCACCACUGAAUCUUGGAACAGAAAUCAACUCAGUUAUCAGCCAGGCAUCUAUCAGUAGGCAAAUGGUUGUGAAAAAGAAUCCUAGUGAGGCUGUAACCUGUGUUGGAAACACUUGCACAGCUAAAAAUGAGGUGAUCAAGAGCGAUUUCCUUCUUGUGCACCAGAAGCAGCUAGAAGGCAGGUGUGCUAAGAGAAAGAAAACUGAAGAUGAUCAUGCAGUUAGCUGUGAAAAAACAUCUUUCAACAAAGAGAACUCUGUGCCCUUUCGAUCAGAUGUUCAGCAUAUUAAUGGGGAACAUACAGUUGAUAAGCCCUUGGAUCUGUCCGAUCGCUUCUCUGGAGUUCGUUGUCAAGAGAAAAAACAAGGAAGUGAGGAGACAUGUAAAAAUAGACUGAAACAGGUGACUCUGAAUGACAUUUUUUCACACCUGGGGAAGCCCGUUCCUGAAGGUUUAUCGUCCAUUCAAAAUGCCAAUGAGAGCUGUUUGUUUGGUAGAGAUUUACAAGAGGAAUCGUAUGUACAAGAGGCAAUGCUGGGAAAAACAUUCCCAGAUAAGAAAAAACAGAUCCAAAUGAAAGAAGAAGUUCCUCCCUUCAAAUUUGCACCAUUGCCAAGUUCUGCAGAGACAGAGGAACUUUUUGGCGAUGUACAGGUUGCCGGUGGCCAUGUACCAAAUAGAAGGAAAACAAGGACAGGACAUGGAGAGUCUGAACCAGCAUCUGUGCUUCAACCAAACCCUUGCAGAGUAUCAAAAGCACUGCAAAAUGAGCAAGACCUGAAAGAUAAACCCUCUUUAGAAAACCUACAGUGGAGCAUAGACCCAGGAGCUGACCUUUCACAGUACAAAAUGGACAUUACUGUGAUUGAUACAAAGGGUGAUUCUCAGAGCAAAGUCGGAGGGGAAGUUGUUGAUAUGGAUUACACAUAUGUUAGUGAUAGUGUGCUAUUAAAAAUGAAAAAUCAAGAGCAAAAUCAGGAAAGCAGUCCAAGAGGAGAAAUAACAGAGAUGUUUGAUCGGACAGCCCAUGAAGAAUAUGAAUCCUGCCUACCAGAAGAUAGUCCUUCUGCAUGUGAUGAAAAAGAAACUCUUCAUGAUGAAGAGCGGGAUAAGGGAAUAACAGUAGCAAGCAAGAAACUAAAGAAGCAUGAGGAUAAACAAGAUAAAGCCAAACAGAAAGCUUUUGUGGAGCCAUAUUUCAAAAGUGAUGAAAGAAAGAAUACUGUGUUAGAUUUUCCUCAUAUUGAGGUUAUUCGAAAAAAAGAAGAAAGAAGAAAAUUACUUGGCCAUACUUGUAAGGAAUGUGAAAUAUAUUAUGCAGACAUUCCAGAAGAAGAGAGAGAGAAGAAACUAGCUUCCUGUUCCAGACACAGAUUUCGCUACAUUCCUCCAAAUACUCCUGAAAAUUUCUGGGAGGUUGGAUUUCCUUCCACCCAAACCUGCAUGGAAAGAGGAUACAUUAAAGAGGAUCUUGCUCCCUGUCAGCGUCCAAAAAGACGGCAGCCUUAUGCUGUGAUGUUUUCUCCAAAAGGCAAAGAGCAAAAGACAUAAAGGAUGGGGAAGUAAGGCCUGCCAACUUGAAGCGUAUCUUUCCUGCCCAUAGAUAUUUAUAGUUAAUAUAAACUUGAAAUAAAGGACUAUGUUUUCCACAGUGAUAGAUAAAUUGUUUAAUUGAAUAUGUAAAUUUUAUAGAAUUCAUUUGAAAUUCUGAUUUAGCAGGAAACAAAAACUAUUUAAUGUAUGUUUGUUUCAUAUUGUGUUAAUACAUUUUGUAUUAAUUUUUGCACCUGUCAGACAAUGAGUCUCCCACUUUUUUUUUUCCUUUGAAGUCAACAGCUAAAAUUCCAGCAAAUCCUGUCUAAACUUUGUGUCAGCGAGUAACUGCUUUUAAGUCACUGAAAUCAGUUAUUCUUGCAAGGGUAAAUGUCUAUUAAUGGGAAUAGAAAUGUGGAUUUUCUAGGGUGCUUUUAUUUUGCACUGGAUUUUCUUAUAUGGCCUUUCUCUUAUGGCAGUAAUGGUUAUAUUUGCUUGUAAUAAAGUUGUAUUAAAUAUGAAAUGUAUCUACUGUUAAUAGUUUGGAAGUAGGAAAACCAUGAAGUCUGUCAUUCUUAAA